AUGGACCUACGCACGUUUAUCCGUUGGAUUUUACUAACAAGUCUGACGGUUACCAAAGGUAAAAAGGCUUUUUUAUGCAUGACAAAGCGUUAAUGUGACAUACAGCUAUUUCUUAGCUUCACAAAGACAUUCAAUUUAUUUCAAACGUAGAAAAGCAACAUGGCGUCCAUUUCUCAACCUCACACAUUCAGUUUAAGAGUCGAAGAGGUAUUUUACUGCCAGUCUUUGUGUUUAUCCAUCUAAGUUUAGAAAACCCAUUUUAAGUGAUCCUACAUUGGUAAAACCUGACCAGUCCAAGACAUGGCAAACAUUUUCCUCUGAUCAAGUCAAAAACGUGCUAAUAAGAAUAUGUUACUUACACUACUUUUCCUCAAGAGUUUACUUUUGUUUGGCAAUAUUUUGACCAUGUGGAGGUGAGAAUUUGAGUUUGUCUGCUUACCUUGUGAAGAGCAAACAUUUUGUGGAGUUUAAAUGCAGGUUUCCCCACUUGAAGUUUCUAAAACUGCCUUUUCCAUAAUGUCAUUUGAAGUCAGACAGUUUAACUUUUAGGUCUAGAGUUGGACCUCAAUGAAAUAAACACACCAUAACUUGCAGUUCCAGGUAAAUGGUGUCCAUCUUGGUUAUUCAAACCUUGAACAUUGAGUCUUUAAAUUCUGUCAUUAAUCCCUCAAAAGAGAAACUAUAAGCUGGUUUGUCAUUGACAACAAUUUUAAUUGUUAAACCUUAGGUUCUGGCAUCUUAAAAACUUGAAUCAAUUGUCAUUUUUAUCAUAGUUGCUGUUUGCCACUUAGAAAGAUUAGAAAUAUAUAAUCUGAGGUAUGUUGGCUUAAACUUUAAAAGAAAAGAUGCAAAAUAUUUGCAAAAUUUUCAUUUUUGUCCAUUUUCUAUUGGGUUUUGUGUAGUGUCUCAACAUUUUCAAAAGGUUUCAAAACUUACUUCUCCAUAAUCCUCUGAACUAUUGCAAAAGGUCGUUAUUAGUACUAAUGAUGCCUUUCUUCAAAUGAACCCUCCUUAUCCUUUAUGUGUUGUCACUUUAAUUGAAACUCAUCCAUUCAUGUGGUCUGUGACUGAGUUUCCAACAUGCCAUUUUAACUCUUAAGGGAGGCUUUAGUUUUAGGGUCUUUCUUUCUCUUUGCAUUUUUGCAGCCCAGAUUUUGGGAUGCAAACAAGGCCAGUGGCAGUGCGAUGACGGUCACUGCAUCCCUGAUGUCUGGAGAUGUGAUGGAGGGGGAGACUGUCUAGAUGGAUCUGAUGAGAUGGAUUGCACUGGUAUGUACAUCCUGUUACAUGAAUGAUUAUUUAAGAUGUUUUUUUAAGACCCCAGUUAAUUUAUUUUAAUCACGAUUGACUAUUUAAAGUUUCUUAACAGUCUUAAAUGGUAUUCACCAUGUUGAAUAAAUACAAGCAUCGAUAGAAUCAGAGGCAGUUUUGCUUUUUUAUUAUUACAAUGGUUUUUAUUAAAGAUACAAAGUUGUGAGAUGAUAAAAAGUAACUAGAACAGAUGCCCAUAGUUAUCUUUCGAUCUUAAAAGCCAUCAUCUAUCAUUUGCAAACUUAAAAGAAAGAGAGAAUAUCAUUUAAAACCCUCCUAAGCUGCUGAUAAAGGAUUUAUAUUUAUAUUCAUGGGCCUGUAAUGUAGGGCCAGGCACAGCAGCAUGUCCACCUGGUCAGUUUUCCUGUGUGGACACCGUCGGCUGUGUUGAUAUGUCAGCCCGCUGUGAUGGACAGAUUCAGUGUCCCACCGGCUCUGAUGAGGAGAACUGCAAAGAUUCGGGGGGCUGUUUGGAGACCGACUGGACCUGUCGAAACAAAAUCUGUAUUUCUGAAGAGCUGCGCUGCAACGGAUUAGAUGACUGUUUGGACAACUCUGAUGAGGAAGACUGUGGUAAGAGAGGUUUUCAAUGUCGUACAAAGGUAAUAUAAUGUCUGCCCUCAUGGCGCAGUGGGGUAAAAGAUACUUAAACUGUUAUUUUAGGAAAAAAUCUUUCAGUUUAUUUUCAUUUUAUUUUAACUCCAUCCAAAGACAGCAAACAAAAACAGUUGGAAUAGCAAACUAUAGAUGAUGUGUUCUCUUGCAGGUCCAUGUGGUGAGGACGGCAUUCGGUGUCCUGAGGGGACAUGUCUGUCUGCUGAACAGAGGUGUGAUGGGACAGUUCAAUGCUCAGAUGGCAGUGAUGAGCCAAUAACAUGUGGUAGGUUAUGGACCGAUCACACUGAUAGCAUCGUAUUCAACAUAUUAGCUGACAUUUUACAACAUCUAACAUCUUUUAAAAUUCAAGUGUGGUAUGUGUAUUGCUUCUGGUCCAUAUAUUUCUAUGAUUCUGGCUCACUUUGCACACUCUGCAGGUCGUACUUGCUCUAAGAACAAUGGUGGCUGCAGUCAUGUGUGUGUCGAUGAAGCUUGGGGAGCUCUCUGCGCCUGUCCUGAUGGAUACAAGCUCUCCGCAAAUGGUGCAGUGUGUGAAGGUGUGUUGGGUGGGAAAAUAAAACUAUCGGUAGUCUCCAUUUUCAAAGACUUGGUUGGGGUGUGUGUGGCAUUGGUUACAUUAUAAACCUGAGAACCAAUGCUACAGUCAGCCAGCCAUGAAAUUAAAAACAAUGUUCACUGAGUUGAAUUCUUGAAGGAACCCCUUAUCGAAGCUGUGCACUGGUCUGUUUGAUGCACAGCUCAUGCUUAAAAAGCCAAAAUACUCUCUCUCUCUCUCUCUCUCUCUCUCUCUCCAGAUCUGGAUGAAUGUGCUCAACCUUUUGCUCCUUGUAUGCAUCACUGCACUAAUACCAUUGGAUCCUUCUAUUGCCACUGCAGGGAGGGCUUCAAACUGGAUGGAAACUCCACAUGUGUAGCAACAGGUAAAAAACGAAAGGCCUUCUUUUACCAUUUUAUAAACCAUUCAACCAGUUGAUGAGUUCAAAUCAUAGACUGUAUAUAGUGUGGACACCAUCUGCCUCCUCGCUGGGUGAAGCCACCGCAAGAACAGCACCCUCUGGUGACGGGCUUUAAUAUAGGUCAUAAAUCCCGCCUCCUCCAGCAAUCCCUAUGGAGCUGUGGACAACAAAAUUAAUGACACAAAAUAUACAUUUUCCUCCACCCUGCUUGUGAUGUUGACAUGUAGUUACUGUAAGACUGGUUAGUGGUUGUCCUCUUUUUUCCUGUGUAGCUCCAUUUUUAAAAGUUAUUAGGGGGUUCAUGUUUUCUAUGAUUGACACUUGACACAGCCUAUGGGUAUGCAAAGAUUGUGUACAACUUUACUGUACCAGGAAACGGAGAAAAUCCUGGAAAUACCGAGAAUAAUUCAGCUUUAAAUUUGUAUAAUGAUGGAAGGCGGAGCCAAGUUUUCAAUCGUAUAUCCAGUCUAUAUUUCAAACUGUGUGAGAUUUUAGCCAGGUAGAGCAGUGAGUGCUAAAGGAAAGGCUUUGUUUCAUGUCUGACCAACAUGAAAAUCGGAAAUACUUGUGUAAGUGAAGUGUAACACAUGAGCCCACUUUGGUGUUGAAUAGUUUCAUUCUCUGAAAGGAUCAAACCCUGCAAUUAAUGCUCUGAAGUCUAUAGGCCAAAGGUAACCAGUGUGUUAAUGGGAAACUUUGAUGUUGCUGAGUUAGAGAGAGAAAAGUUUUCACACAGAUCAAAAGUUUUCUUUAAAGUACACAAAGUUGGAGGGUUACAUUGAAAAAUGUGUGUAGUACCAGUAAAGAAAAGGUGAUGGUAUUUGUAGAUUUCAAUAAGUUCUCAAAGGACUGUACUGCCAUUUAUCUUAUCAAACAGUGAGUGAUAUUUUGUCCUGAAAAAUCUCUCUUGAAUGUUCUCACUGGCUGCCCCCUUUUGUCUGAUCGUUUCCAGGUAAUGCUGUCAGGUUGCUAACAGUACAGAAGAAAUCGGUCGGGCUUCUGAAUGUGGCGUCUCAACAGUUUGAAGUUAUACAGACUCUAGUGACUGACCCGGUGGCUUUAACGUUUGAUGUCGCCCAAGGCUGGUACUACUGGGCUGACAACCAAGGCAACAUUUAUGAAAGUGAUGGACAGAAGAAAUGGACAGUAUUUACUGGUAAGUAGAGGUGUAACUUUGUAAUUUUCCAACAUAUACUGGUGAAGUUACUGGAUGAGAACUGUAAUUGGGUUUUGUUCCACAUCAUAUGAAUGAAAUAAACAAAAGAGCAUCAGAGAGUAAAGUAAACUUAAAGGCCUGUCAUCGUGAAGUUAAACCAAGCGGUGGGAAGUAACUGCCACAAUAACUAUGUUCAUAUUUUUGUUUGUUUGUUUUUCUUUUCCAAAAGUUUGUGCCUUCAAGUCAGAUCAUUGUUAUAUGACCUGAAUAAAACUCCCUGACUUUCCAGACCCAAGUGUACUAAUUUGACAAAUGGGAUAAAAACAUUUAUUCUAAAAGGAAUUAAAAUUAGGACUCAAACAGGGUAUAAAAAGGGGGAUAUUUCCAAAAUAUAUGCAUUAUUUUUAUGCUUAUUUUUCUCAGGGGAGCCUGGAAUCAGGGGUCUAGCUUUUGAUUGGCUAAAUGGAAACAUUUUCUGGACCAAUGAGAAGACAGAAUCAAUCUACAUGCAGGCAGCCGAUGGGAAAAGUUACACUACUGUGCUGAGCAAAAACAUCAGGCCAUCAGAGCUGGUGCUGAUACCGGUGGAGAGGUUUGCAUGACUUGUGGCAUUAAUAUCAACAUUAAAAGUUUCUACAGUCGGCUGAAAAAAAAAAGAUGAUACCUGUACGAUCCUCUGCUCCCUGCCAGUUUGAUGUUCUGGAUCAAUGCUGGCCUCGGGGAAAGAGUGACUAUAGAAAAGUCGUGGAUGGACGGGUCAGAAAGAAGCUCUCUGACUGUGCUCACUGCUCAGUCUGCUCAUGGCCUCACUGCUGACGUGGCUGCCAGGAGGCUGUACUGGAUCAGUGACUCCAAGAAGGUGACUAUGAAGGACUGGUAAAGUUUGACAGAAAACUGUUGUACAAUGUACUUUGACUCUUGUGUAAAAAUAUCUUUUAAAAACCUGCAAACUAAGACAAGAAUUUAGCACGAUCACUGAAACACUUUUCCUGAUUCUGAAUUGAUUUCAUUCAGUCUAUAGAGACGGUGAAGCUGGAUGGGACAGGACGGUACUCCUUCACAGGACUGUUUAACAGGAGGCCGGCUCUCAGUCUGGCUGUCUUUGAAGGUUCUUUCUUCUGGGCUGAUGAUAAAGGACUGUGGAAAGUCCCACAGAAACAACCAAACCAGAGGAAAUUUAUCUGGAAAGUAGCACCGCCGAUAUUAGCUGUUUACCAUGAGCAACAAGAGCCCAAAGGUGCUUAUCAGAGCAGUGUAACACAUCUCUGAAUUUUCACUUAUAUCUGACCUUAUCAUGCAACUUUUAUAAAACAAAAUCAUAAUUCUCUGUGUCAUAUUCAUCAAGAACAGCAUUUUAAUCCUUCAACAAAUCCGGGUGUCAUCACAGCUGACCGGUGUGUUUUUAUUCCAAAAUGUUCUGCUUCCUUCAACAGGUUCCUCGGCAUGUGCCAAGACUCCAUGUCAGCUCUGCCAGCUCACUAAAAGCAACCCUGUUGGUUUCUCCUGCACUUGUCCAAACUCCAAAAUACUGCUCCUCGACGGGUCGUGUGAAUGUGAGCGCCCCUGUGCUGCUAAUGCCUUUUAACAUCUCAAUUUUAAGUUUCUUGUGUGUGAUUAGUUUCUGAAACAGGCUGGUUUAGGCAUCUUGGCCUCUCAUGGUCCUUAUAAAAAUUGUUAUUUUAGUUUCCAAAGUAAGGUCAAAAAAUGAGUUUCAUUUUUCUCCACAGAUCCAAGGUUUUUAUACGCUACCAUCACUGACAUUUACAUCUUGGAGUUCAAAGGCAGAGAGUCCUCAAAAACUCAGCUGUUUGGCACAGAUGAUGGCAUCCUGUCGUUUGAUGUGGACUGGUAUCGAGACUGGCUGUACUGGGCGAACAAAACUGGUCAUGUCCAACGCACCAGUCUUACCCAGGUUAAGACUGAGGUGGUCUUGACGCCGUUGCCAGGUUUGUGCUCACACAUAAGUAGACCUAAAACAGGGAUAAUAAUAAUUCUGCAAAAGAUUAAAUAACAAUUAUUUAAAAAUACAAAGACUUUUUAUCACAUAUUCCUUUUUGCUGUUGCUCAUUAACCGACUGUUUACUUUCCGUUAUCCUCAGUUUGUCUGAUAAAAAUCGACCAAAGGAGAGGGAACCUUUUCUGGGUGUCAUGUGACCAAAAGAGCAUUGGCACAGUAACAGCUGAUAAUCGAUACCCGCAGCAGCUCUACCAAACAACCAAAGAGAUCCGGAACGUGUAUUUGGACUGGCUGAGGGGUGGUCUUCUGUGGCUCGAGGAUGACGAAAUCCUCACCAUGAGCAUGAUGGGAGGCAAAGCCAAAGAGUUGCUGCACCUAGAAGCUAGUGGAGUCAGAGGGAGCGUCGCCUUCGACCUCAGGGCCAAUAGUUUGCUCUGGAACACAAAAAGAUCAGGUCUGAUUCACAUAUCCGUCUACAACUAUCUGGUACUUUUUGGCUACUGGCUAACCAUAAUAGGUAUUGUAAGUAACUGGUCUUGAGUGGGAAAAGACCUCCUUCUAUUUAGUAAUAGGUGGAAAGGCUUGGUUCCACUUCAGGUUUACCGAGGCCUGCCUAGAUUUACUAUACAGAGAGAAACUUUCUAAAAGCUCUGAUGUCUUCAUUGUUUAAAUCCUGCUGAAUCCGGAGUUGUAGGUCUUUUAAUAAAUUUAGGAAGCUGUUGUUCAGAAUCUUUGCAAAUCUCCUAGAACUAGAAAUUAAUCAUUGUUGCUAAGGCUCCUAAAACCAACUUCAAUCUGAUGGUGUUAAAUGGGAUUUCGGACCUAUUUCAGAGGGUGUUCACUCUAAGUGUGGUUUGCAAAAUCAAGAUACAGAUAUGUGAAUGAGUUUUCUCUUACACCUUGUUAGGUUUAACAACAAUGAGCCUGCUGCAGCAAAGAAACCAUCAAGCAGGCAGAAGGUGGAACAUAACCGGCUCAGUCGUAGCCGCCUUCGAGCCCUUCCUGUUGUCCGUUGCUGACGGCGUCAUGACUCUGUGGGACCGGCGGGAUGGAGGUCCCAUCAAAGACGUGACAGUGGAAGGUCAUGUGUUUGGUGUCAUCCCUGCACUCAAGGAAAUCCAAACAGGUGAGAUCAGAGCUCGUACGUCAGAGAGAGGAAUACACGUUUUUAAUUUGUCAACCGUUGUAAGCUUUAAGUUUUAUUAUUAUAAACCUUAUUAUCUUUAUUAUUAUUUUAACUUUCUAUAGUAUCAAAAGCUCCGGUCUGCGAUAAACCCUCUGUCUUGUGUCGAAAUUCACCGAUCUGUCUGACGCAAACCCAGCUGUGUGAUGGGAGGAAGGAUUGCCCUGAGGGAGAUGAUGAGGACUUUUGUGUGACUACGUGCCAGUCUAAAGGUGAGAGAGCAGUGAUCACAAAUACUAUGAUCUAAACUCAUGACAGUAGGGGACUUUUUUAUUGACUGAUUCCCGUUUUAAAAUCCUUUUUACCCAUUUAGAUGAUUUUAAGUGCAAGGACCAGAGGGCUUGUAUCUCCAGGAAUCUUGUUUGUGAUGGCCGCUCUCAUUGCCGCGAUGGUUCAGAUGAAGUCGACUGUCCUCCUGUAGCUUCACCUGCAGCUCGUGGAAAUGUCCUGAAAUGUCGCACGGGGUCAGUGCCGUGUCGAGACGGCAAAGAGUGUGUUUUAUACAGCCAUGUGUGUGACGGAGAAAAAGACUGUAAGGAUGGAUCAGAUGAAGAGGGAUGUGGUGAGUAUUUUAAAAUUUACCUCAACUUCAGAUAGUUCGUUUUUAAAAUUCUAACUUCUGGCUACUAUAUGAUAAAGAUGUCACAGAGCAGGCCACUUCUCCAGCAAACAAGGUCCCUCCAGCUGCUGAGCGUCCUGCUACGACCGUACCGGCCUGCAGGAGCCCCUCAAAGCUCUGUCCCCGUACUUCAGCGCACAUUUGCAUUUCACCAAGCCAGUUCUGUGAUGGGCGUAAGGACUGCCCUGAUGGCUCUGAUGAACAGAACUGUGUGAAAAGAUGUCCCUCCAAGAGUAAGUUUGAAACGAGGUUUUCUGUACUCUCCUCAAUUUUAAGUAUUUUGUCUCUCCUGAUGUGCCUGAUGUUCCUCUAGAUGACUUCCGCUGCAAAGACCGUCGCGGCUGCAUAUCCAAGAGUUUGGUGUGUGACGGCCGCUCCCAUUGCUCAGAUGGUUCAGAUGAGGUAAACUGUCCGGUUAAAGCUCUUCCUGCGGCUCCCAAAAACACGCUCAAGUGUCGCAUGGGCUCCAGACUGUGCAGAGACGGCUCAGAGUGCGUCCUCUUCAGCCAUGUUUGUGACGGAGAGAGAGACUGCAAGGAUGGAUCGGACGAAGACGGAUGUGGUGAGUGUCUGAAACAUUUUUUCUUAGAUUUUCUGUCCAACUUAUUAUUUUACGGGAACCUUUACUUUUCUGAUGCAGCCGAAGUUGCCUCCCCUGCAACUUCCUCCGACAAUCUGCCUUUGGAUGAAUCUCCCGUACCUGAUCAACCCUUCACUCAGCCUCCCACCCAACCACCCUGCACCAGCCCCUCAGUCCACUGUCCAGGCUCUUCUUUGUGCAUCACACCGUCACAGUUUUGUGAUGGAAAAAGAGACUGCCCUGACGGGUCAGAUGAGAACUGUCUGAAAAAGUGUCCAUCCAGGAGUAAGUCAUCAGAUUAUUUGUUGGUUGACUCGUCUUUUCUUUGAUUGGAUCUCUUUGGACACUAAGAAAACAGUUUUGAUUUGUUAUAUCUUCCACAGCUGAUUUUCUCUGCAAGGACCGCCGAAGUUGCAUUUCAAAGAAGUUGGUGUGCGACGGCCGCGCUCACUGCAAUGACGGCUCAGAUGAAGUCAAGUGUCCUAGCGUAGCAGCUCCUGCAGCCCGUGUGAUCGGCUUGAAAUGUCGUUUGGGCUCCAAGCCUUGUGAUGACGGCACAGAGUGUGUUUUAUUCAGCCAUGUGUGUGAUGGAGAGAGAGACUGUGCUGAUGGAUCGGAUGAACGAGGAUGCGGUAAAUAUUCAUUCAAGGAUUGUUUACUUAAAAAAAUUAAAACAAAAACGGCAUAAAUUGAUUUUAUUUUUUUUUUUAGAAAGGAAACUGACUUUUAAUUUUGCUUCUGAUGUGACAUUUUCAGACACAGCACCUACACCUAAUGCAAUAAAUAUCAAACCUACUGAAUCCCCCACUCAGCCAGCCUGCACCAGCCCCUCAUUUCUGUGUCCAGGAGCAAAUCUGUGCAUCAGUCCAACACGGUUUUGUGAUGGAGUAAGAGACUGCCCUGAUGGAUCCGACGAGAAGUGCUUUAAAAAAUGCCCAUCGAGGAGUAAGUAGUUCAACUAUGAGCCAUCGAGGAAACCUUUUUCCUUUUUCUGAUCUUAGCCACACCUUCUGUCUUAACCUUUGCCAGUUAAUAUUGUUGCUUUAAUUCAUAUUUUAUACGUCUUAUUCUUCUCAGCUGAUUUCCUUUGCAAGGACCGUCGAAGCUGCAUCUCCAAGAGACUGGUUUGUGACGGUCGCUCUCAUUGCAAUGAUGGCUCAGAUGAGCUGAGCUGUCCAGGUGUGGCUGCUCCUGCUCCUCCUCCUGCUGCUGCUGCUCGAGCAAAUGGCUUAAAGUGCCGAAUAGGCUCCAAACCAUGUACUGACGGCACAGAGUGUGUUCUCUUCAGUCAUGUAUGUGAUGGAGAGAUGGACUGUCGUGAUGGAUCGGAUGAGCGAGGAUGUGGUGAGUUUUUACUCAAACAUUGAUACUAAAAUGGUCUUUUAAAAGGUCGUUCAAAAUGAUCAUAACUUUAUGUUUCUACUUACUGCAGACUCUUCCACUGCAGUUCUUGCAGAAGGACUUCGCCUUAACAACUCCCCCGCAACUGUCCAACCCUUUACUCGGCCUCCGACCCAGCCUCCAUGCUCCAGCCCUUCAGUUCGGUGUCCAGAUUCACCUUUAUGUAUAAAGCCGAUACAGUUUUGUGAUGGAAAACGAGACUGCCCGGGUGGAUCGGAUGAGAAGUGUGUGAAGAGAUGCCCUCAAAAAAGUAUGUCAACAGUUUGUUAUUCAGGGUUUAUUGAGGAAAACACGUCAACAGUAACAUGUGGCUGUGGGAUAGAAGGUUUAAAAAGCAACAUGACAGUUGAAAUAUUUGAUCUAAUGCAAAACACAUGUGAUUUAAUUUGACUUGUGUUAUUUAAAUAAUUUUUCAGCCGACUUUCGCUGCAAAGACCGUCGCAGCUGUGUCUCCAGAAAAUUAGUCUGCGACGGCCGCUCUCACUGUCAUGAUGGCUCAGAUGAGUUCAACUGCCCGAGUGUGGCGGCCUCUACAGCUCGCAAAAACACGCUCAAGUGUCGCAUGGGCUCCAGACUGUGCAGAGAUGGCUCAGAGUGCGUCCUCUUCAGCCAUGUUUGUGACGGAGAGCGAGACUGCAAGGAUGGAUCGGACGAAGACGGAUGUGGUGAGUGUCUGUGAAACUUUCUCCUUCAAAGUGAAAUAGAUUUAAAGAUAAACUGGACUAAAGGAAUGGACUUUGAAAUUAUAAUUGAACAAAAGAGAAAAAAAGUUUAAUUUUAAAUGAAACUAAAACUUCCUGUUAAAAUUCCCAAUUUUCAGAUGAGCCAAAGACUGUCCCCUCCACUGCCUCAGAAUAUCCUGGCAGACGUGAAUCACCUGCCCCGCCCAUUUCCAAGUCUCUCCCUGAGCGUCCCUGUGCCAGCCCUUCAGUUCGCUGUCUGGGCUCUUCUUCAUGCAUCAGACCGUCACAGUUUUGUGAUGGAAAAAGAGACUGUCCUGAUGGAUCGGAUGAGAACUGUCUGAAAAAGUGUCCAUCCAGGAGUAAGUAACUAAAUAAUAAGUUUGUUGUAAAGUACAAAGAAAAUCUUUUAUCUGAUGUCUUUUGUGUAUUUUAUUUUGUUUGUUUGUGAUUCUGCCCUCAGCUGAUUUCCUCUGUAAAGACCGUCUGAGCUGUGUCUCUCAGAGACUGAUAUGUGAUGGCCGCUCUCAUUGCAAGGAUGGCUCAGAUGAGCUGAACUGUCCAGGCGUGGCUCCGUCAGCCGCUCGGGCGAACGGCCUAAAGUGUCGGAUCGGCUCUAGGCCUUGUAACGACGGCACAGAGUGUGUUUUAUUCAGCCAUGUGUGCGAUGGAGAGAGAGACUGUAUGGAUGGAUCUGACGAACAAGGAUGUCCAGAAACCUGCAGACAAGGUUGUUUCACUUUCUAAUCAUGCCCUUGCAAAAGCUUCAUUCAUUUAAAUGCUACCAGUUAAAACCACAGACUGUAUAUACUAUGGACAACUUAGCUCCGCCUUCCGUCAUUUUACAAAUUUGAAGCUGAAUUGCAUCCAACAUCGCAUCCAGGGAGGAUAAAAAUGUACAUUCUGUAUAAUAAAUUUCUUAAGUUUGACCACAGCUCCAUAGGGAUUGCUGGAGGAGGCGGGAUUUAUGAACUAUACUGCAGCCCAUCACCAGAGGGUGCUGUUCUCGCGGUGGCUUCACCCAGCCAGGAGGCAUCCAUUUUAUAUACAGUCUAUGGUUAAAACCAAGACAUCAAUUUUAGCAUUUAUGUUUACAUGUAGGAAAAAAGUACCUUCAUGUUCUCACACCUGUUUUUAAAAGACAGCAGCAGACUAAAACCGUGCAGAUAACUACUUUAAAACUAGCUUUUGAAAUGUGCCAGUUCUUAUAUAUUUUAUCUAUUUAUAAACUACAGGGGAGUUCCAGUGUUCCCAUGGGAAGAUGUGUAUCCCGGUGGCUCAGGUGUGUGAUGGGAAACCACAGUGUCGUGACCAGUCAGACGAGCUGGACUGCAGGGAACAAACCAAGAGCUGCGAGUAUCAGUGUGCGGACGGCAAGCGCUGUAUCCCAAAGAAGUUUCUGUGCGACGGAGAGAGAGACUGUCCGGAUGGUUCUGAUGAGGUCGGCUGUGGUAAGUGGUAAAUCACGAUACUUGGGCCACGAUACAAUAUAUUGCGAUUUAUACAAUUUUUUUAAACUGUUCAGCUAAUUAUCAAUUGUCUUUCCUUUAUGUUUGUCUUAUUUACGCUCUGUUUUAUUUUCAUGUAGCAGGUCUUGAAAACCCAUUUGUUGUACUAACUUUUUCCUGCUCUCUGAUGUCACCUCUGCCAACCUCACUGGACAAACAGUUGAUUUUAUUUUUCCUAAGUUGACUUAUGAAGAGUGUCAAAGUAAUAGCAUUAGACGUAAUAAAAAUCAUGGAAACUCAAUGCCAAGAGUCCACUAAGAAAGUCGUGAUGUUAUCUUUUCCAGAGCCUCUCAGAGCAGCACCAACAGAUACUCCUGCUCCUACAAAUGCGUCUCCGUGUAUCACUCCAUCAGUCACCUGCCCAGGCUCAUCACUGUGCAUCUCCCAACGUCAGCUGUGUGAUGGACAAAGAGAUUGUCCCGAUGGAUUUGAUGAAAACAAUUGUAUCCUUCAGUGUAAAACCCCUGGCAAGUAUGAGUCCUGCUGGCAUGAAGUAGAUUUUUUAUAUGGUAGAUACAUGAGCUGCUUUUGCUGUUCUGUACGGUGUUGUAUUUACCUCUCCCGUCCCCUGAACUGACACAUGUUCUGUCCUGCUCAUCAGAUGACUUCUUGUGUAGUGACAGGAGGGCAUGUGUCCCAAGGAAGGAAGUGUGUGACGGCCGCUCCCACUGCCCUGAUGGUUCAGAUGAGAAGUGGUGUCAAUCAGCAGGUCCUUCAGCUCCCUGUAAGCCGACAUGAACAAUACAAGAACUUAUGCACGACUUCUUAGUCAUCCGUCGUUAAACCUCCAGAAAGGCUCUGAGACUUGACUGUCUCUAAAACCUCAGUAUCUAAGCUCUGGGUUAGUGUAACCCACUGAAGCGUAAUUCUCUCUCUCUGCCAAGUCCCCAGUGUGCUCGAUAACAGAUCAGCCCCACUGAAGUGUCGCAGAGGCUCCAAGCCUUGUAAAGACGGCCUGGAGUGUGUUCUGUACAGCCAUGUGUGUGAUGGGGAGAGAGACUGCAAGGACGGAUCAGAUGAGGAGGGAUGUGCAGCUCAGUGUAAAGCAGGUCUGUUUUGUGCUUGUGGGCUGGUGGUAUCUUAAAGCAGUGCAAGAGCUGAAUUCUCCAAAUACAUGGAAAACUUCAGCUUUCACCAGUUGUUUUUGCACACACAAUGUUUUCCUCCUCCUGAUUAAAAUCACUAAGAUUAGGUCAGCUGUUAAAAUUUUCUUAUUGACAGUGGAACAACUGUGCAACAUGUAAAUAAACCAUCUUUCGGCACAAACCUGUUCACAAAUUACCUUUGCAAAUAUUCUCCUCAUGGAUAUGCAGUCUGUUUUUUUCCUGGUUUAAUAGACAAAAAUUGGAGCACCUUAGAAACUAGCAUACAAGAAAAACAACGUACAAGUAACCAGGUCAAGUCAUCUGUUAUUUCUCUUUUCAGGCAUGUCCAAACUAUUCCACAAAGGGCCAGUGUGGCUGCAGGUUUUUCUCCCAACCAAGCAGCAGCACACCAGACUUGAUUCACUUCAUCAGCUGAUCUCAGUCUUCAGACAGCUGAUUGGUCAGACUGCUGCUCUUGAUUGGUUGGAAGAAAAACCUGCAGACACACGGCCCUUUUGUGGAAUAGUUUGGACAUGCCUGCUUUAGAUCAAGUUGUAAUAAGAUUAUAAUUGUUCUUGCAACUAUUUGAAAUUUCAAUCAAUAAUGGCCUGGUCGUUGUGAAUGGCUCUGAUUUAUUAUCAGACUAUUAGGCUUCAUACAAACAUUGUAGCCACUCAAAGUGUUAAUGAACUUUGCUGCAUUUGUGUUUCAGAAAACUGCAUUAAGACUUUGUCCUUUGGGUUUACUUGUGGUCAAAGUUUUUUUGGCAUCUCUUAAUAAUUCAGGAUGUUUUUAUUUUCGUUUGUUUUGAACCGUAAGCGAGGUGGGUUUUGAAUUUAAGAUGAGUUCCAGAGCGCAUUCAGGAGAAUCCACACGGUUAUUUUUGUGAAGGGUUUCCUUUUGUCGUCUCCAGAUGAGUUCAGAUGUGCUCAUGGAAACAGAUGCAUCCCGCCGCAGCAGGUGUGUGACGGACAGAACGACUGUCAGGACCGAUCUGAUGAGCUGGACUGUUCGAGUCUGAUGCAAGGCUGCCAUCACCGCUGUGAUAACAACACCCGCUGUAUACCAGACACCUUCUUGUGUGAUGGAGAGAGGGACUGUGCUGACGGGUCGGAUGAGGGAAAGUGUGGUAGGUGGUUUAAAUUGAGUGAGGAGAUCCAGUUCCCUAAAAUAUGUUCUAACAUCCACAUCUUCUUUCUCUUCAGCUUUGGUGGCCUGUGCGAUCAACCAGUUUCGCUGUGCCAGCGGUCAGUGUGUGUCUGAGGGUCUGAGAUGCGAUGGUUACGCUGACUGCAGCGACCGCUCAGAUGAGGCUGGCUGUACAAGACCCCCGCGCUGCCCAGUGCAGCUGCGAUGCCCAAACAGCCACGAGUGCUUGCAGAAAGAAUGGCUCUGUGACGGCGAGGACGACUGCAAAGACGGGUCCGAUGAGAAGGUAUGAAACUGCACCUCUGAGUUCAAUAAGAACUUUCUUAGUUUUGCAGUUUAAAGAAAAUGAAGUUCAUGCAUUUGGGAAACUGCUGGUUUCAACUCGGUCUUGACUGUUUCUAGAACUGUGUGAAGGCACCAGCCAAGUGCAGGGAAUACCAGUGGCAGUGUGGAGACAGCAGUCAGUGCGUCCCUCAGUCCUGGAGGUGUGACAGGAAGCAGGACUGUGAGAACGGCAUGGAUGAGGACCAAUGUGAGAAUGAUCAUUUUCAGAUGUGGUCCGGUUUUUUCUUUUGCUUGGCAUUUCUGCUACAGGUUUAUUUUGAAAUAAUUAGUGAUAUAAGGAAAAUCUAAUUAUUAUUCUUUUAUCGUUCUGUUAGUGUAGAAAAGUCCUCCCAGUGUGAUAAAAUGUUGAGGUUGUAGAGUUUCUUCAGUCAGAGUAAAUUUGACUCUUUACUUCCACAGGUGGACAAAAACAAUGCCCCUCUCACCUCUACCAGUGUGGGAGUGGUGAGUGUUUGGACCCCCGCCUGGUGUGCAACGGCCUCACUAACUGUGCCGACGGUUCAGAUGAGGGCCCCGGAUGUGCCAAAUAUAACUGCUCUAGCUUCUCUGCUCCUCGGUGUGACCACCGCUGUGUCAGCACCCCAAAUGGACUGGUGAGUGCACGACAGAUAUGUAUCACAGUUACACAAUUUGAGUUUCACUCUUGAGUUUCACUUCAAGUUUUUCUUUUGUUGCAGAGGUGUUUCUGUGCUGCAGGUUUCGUACUACACACCAAUGCUGUGUUAUGCGUGGACAUUGAUGAAUGCAGUCUAACACCGUACAUAUGCAAACACACUUGCCUGAACACCCGUGGGUCCUACAGCUGCCAUUGCCACCCUGGUUUUUACCUGGAGCCUGACGACAAAAGCUGCAAGACAAAAGGUGCUGAAAAUGAGGACAGAUGCUUGUUUAAAGGGAUAUUCCGGCGUAAAUUUAAGUUAUGGUCAAACACACCGUAACACUGAGUUGGACGCCCCCUCCAGAGAUGAAUGUUGCCGACUUUAGUAAUGACCGUACGAUGGCAAUUUACAUCGGAAUAUCCCUUUAAGGCAAAUACCAAGCUCUGUUGAUUAUGUCUUGUAAACUCAAUAGAAAAAAAAGAGAUUAAUUUCCAAAAUGGUUCCUUUCUCUCUCCGUAGACGAGCCUUUGCUCCUGGCGUCAGUGCAGUCGGAGCUGUUACUGCUGGGAGUCCACAGUAGCUCUCUGCGUCUUCUGUCCUCUGCCAGUCGGCCAGUCUUCUCGCUGGAUUAUCACUGGGCUCAGCAGAGGGUUUACUGGCUGAGUCCGGACUACCAGAGCAUCCGCUGGGCUGACAUGAGGAACACGAACAAAAAAGGGACGCUGAUCAAAGGUGGAGCGGUCUACUGCUGCUAUAUGAAGCUUUCAUCUGAUGUUGUUGGUUGUUAGUAGAGUCCAGAGAUCAAUUUCAGGAUUCACAUGUAUUUUUUCACAGGGGUGAAGUCGGAUUUUAUUGCAGUGGACUGGAUCGGUAGGAACCUGUACUGGGUAGACGGGCUCGUGGGCCAGAUUCUGGCAGUGAAGCUCAGCGACGUCACAGUGAGAUCUCAGGACUUCACUGUGGUCCUGGGUGAAGAUCUGGAGCAGCCAAGCUCAUUGGUGUUGUUGCCACAGAAAGGGUAAUGAGCUACAUGAUACUUUGUGAAGUACCUGAAGUCCUGAAUCCCUAAAUCUGUGACAUUAUGACCCUUUUCAGGCUGAUGCUUUGGUCUGAGAUCGGCAGCACCCCCCAGAUUGAGCAGUCGGGGAUGGACGGUUCAAAAAGGAAGGUGGUGGUGAGUCGAGGCCUGAGCUGGCCGGUCAGUUUGGCCUUUGACCUCCUGGACAACAGGGUGUACUGGGCAGAUGAGAAGCUGCGCUGCAUCGGUUCAGCCUCUUUGGACGGAGAAAAUGUCAAGGUAAACACCGGCUAAUUACAGAAAAACAGACAGUCCUCUCACUUUUAAAUUCUUAAGACAAGAACAGUUUGCACAUGAGUAACGAUUGUUUUAUUUCCUCACCAGAUCCUCCAGUUGGCAGAAACACCGAGCCCUUUCUCUGUGGCGGUCUUUAAUGACCGGGUUUUCUGGUCUGACACUAAAAGGAGGACUAUCCGCUCGGCUGAGAAGAACACGGGCAAAGAGCAGAAAGUCCUCCUGAAAAGACCAGGACAGCCGUUUGGGCUGAAAGUGAGUCCCUUUAUGCUAAUUUAUAAAUACCUUUUUGAAGGGUGUCCCCACAACCUUCUUAUCGUUGCCUGUUGUGUUUUACGUACAGCUGCUGCAUUUAUAAGUCGAAAGAUUACAGUUAUAAGACCUAACAUACGUUUCCUCACACUACAGGUGAUGCAUAUCCUCUCCCAACCUGCCAUCUCCAACCCCUGUGAGCUGCUGCGGUGCUCCCACCUGUGCCUUCUGGCCCCACCUCGAGGCAAGUCUGGAGCUCUGGCAGAAAGGGGGCCUACAGCGGUCUGUCGCUGCCCCAAGGGGAUGCUACUUUCCAAAGACAAGAUCACCUGUUUUCUGCCCAUGGAGUCAACUUUUGUCCUUCUUCUGUCUCACAGCGUGGUCUAUCAGGUGAAUGUCUAAUUGUGGACUAGUUUUUCCUCCCUAUACUCUCUAUUCUCUCACUCUAAUCCCUUUGUCUUUUCCUAAAUCUCGCGCUCCCUGUUAGGUUCACCUGCGCUCUAUGCGUCGUGAUGGCGUCGCUCUGAAAAAAAUGCCCAAUGGGAGAGAUUUAUCUCUGUCAGGGAUACAUCAGGCCACGGGUAUAGAUGUGUCCAUCGGGGAGCUUUCACUGUAUGUGGCUGAUGCAGGGCAGGGAUUUGUGGAUGUACUGAAACUGAGCAGCUCCAGGUCCAGUCAGGAACUGACACCAUCUGGACAGAUCCUGACGCUAAAGGUGGGCAAACUAACGUAUUUUUCGCACUAUAAGACGCACUUAAAAUCCUUUUGGCUUGUCAGAGCGCUGCAGCUACCGUAGCCUCGCGGAAUUAUUGAAUAAGUUAAAGAAAGUUUGACUGAUCUGUUUUGUUUGGCUUAAUGCGCUUUAUAAUCCAGUGCGCUUUAUAAUCCGGUGCGCCUUAUAGUGCGAAAAAUACGGUAAGCUUUUUAGAAAUGUUUCCGGUGUUGAAGGAAAAGUCUUAUAAUUGCACGAUGCUGAAAAGUGCGUCUCUAACAAAAUCCAUUUUCAGACAGUUUAUUUUUAACUUGUGUUUCUUUAAUUUAAUUCUCACACUGCAGGAAAAACUUAACUCUUAAAGGUCCUUUUUUUUUUUUUGGUCCCAAAGGGGGAUUCAGUCUCAGCUCUUGCAGUCGACUGGGUGACCUCCAACCUUUAUUGGAGCAGCACAGAAAGGCCAAACCUCCACGUGACCUCUCGCAAUAAUGGCUACACCACCUUACUGCUGCCGGGAUCACUUACGGUACUUCUAAACUACUUAAGCAUCAUCUUCUUCACCACCUGACGUUCACACCUGUCCCUUCUUCCAAGUAUCUGCUUCAGCCUUGUUAGUUAUUGCCGGGGUCUGUUUCCUUUCUUUUAGGGGACCACAUCUAUUGCACUGCAUCCCCCGUCUGGGCGGCUUUGCUACACAGCGAUAGUCGUGGCAGUCGGAAAGAGCCAGACGGAGGUCAACUGCGCCUGGAUGGACGGGCGUAACAAAGCGGUGCUGUGGAGGAAGUCCACCAUCCCCACAUCUCUGGUCUUUUCUAAUAAAGGGACAGUGAUCUUCUGGGCUGACACAGGUGAUCGGUUUUUAUCAGAUGACUCAGCACAUUUUCUUUUGUUUCUUCUGCCUCCUUUUUUCUGGACCUGUUAGAUUUUGGUUUUUCUCCAGGUGAAGGCGUAAUCAGCUCGAUUGGCGUCGAUGGUUCAGGAUAUAAACAGUACAAAGCAGGGCCCGGUCUUCUCAUAUCUUUGACAUACAUAGAGAACAUCCUCCUGUGGGUCACCGUGGACAAAGGUAGGGAUGACUCCGUUCAGACAGGUACUCAGGACAGCAUUGUCUUCCUGUGUUUUUCUAUCACGCUCCUAAAGGCUUUGCACUCCUGUAUGUGGGAUUAACUUUCUCUGGGAUUGCAGCUCUUUCCUUCUGUCCUGAUGUCUUUCCCCCCUGCAACCAGCAGAUGGCGUCAGAUUGUUACUAUAAAUUAUUAAAUCAACCAUUUUUCCUCAAUCUGCUGUUUGACUCCUAAAAAACAUCCACUCUCCAUCAUACAGCUGUCCCAUAACUCUCAUUUUUUACACUCUACAAAGUGUUUUCACAAUUGUUGAAUUUAUUUUUGUGUCUUUUUUUUUUUGUGUGUCUUUUGUUGUGUAGAUGUAUCCAAACUGUGGUUCAGUGACGGUCUGCAGCCAAACCAGCUGUGGUUCGAGACAAAGAUAAGCCUUGUGGAGGUCAGAGCCUACAGCAACAGCAGCCAGUCUGGUAUGUCUGCAGGACUCAUUAGGACGACUGUAAAUCUGUCGAAGGUUUAAAAAUAGGAGGGACACGUCGGAUGUUUUGAACAGGUUUGAUGAUGAUGACGUGAGGCAUGACCCAAAUGCAGAUGCUCUGAUUUAGCAGGUCAAGUAAAAAAACACUGAUGUUGGAAGGAAGGCUACGAUUCAAAGGAAGUCAGGUUCACAGCUAAAGAGGAACACGUGUUUGGACAUUACAGCUCUCAAGCAGGUUUUGAGUUAAAAAGCAACUUGAGAAGGAUGAAUUGUGACAACAUGAAUUUUAAUGCUGGGAUAAGGAGCAGACUUGCAGACAUACUCGCCACAAAGAUGGCUUUCUAUUGGCCACUAGAUGGCAGACAAGGCAGGACAGGAUGCAAUAUUCCAGAUCAGAUUAUGGGGAAAAGAGCUGGCCAAGGCAGCUAACCCUGGUCCCACUAUGGCACGAAUAAAAACAUAAAUAAAGUACAGUAAGAAAGGUUACAGGAAGUUUAAAGAAAACCUUUUAAACAAAACGAAUGCAGGAAUGGCAUCCAAGAUAUGUCACGUGCAAAAAAAGGUAUAGACAGGUUUGUAUCUGCUAGUUAAAGUCAUGUUUUCAACCCCUCAUGCAACAGCCAAAUGCUUCUGUGGAGACGGAUGAAUGAAACUGUGCAAAUGGCUUGUCAACACUGAAAUCCUCCUCGCUUAAAGCUUCAUAAUGCGCUAAUUCCUGCUUAAGUUUGCAGUGCUAACCAGCAGGCUUACAGAACACUGACAGCUCAAUUUGUAAAACAUGCCUAACCAGUUUUUUAUUCCUAUAUGGAGAUUUCUUUGUCAGCACACUAAUUUUUUUUUAGCCCCAACUUCGUCCCCCUCCUUGAAUGCAGGGCACAGAAACAGCGGGUCACCGGACACUGUUGGAAGAAUGAAAAGGCUCAUUUAGGUUCAGUUUGAGUCCAAUAGAUGGCAGAGUGAUGUGAUACCUGUGGACACAUGGGUCUUGGCAAGCUGGAGGGGAGCCUGUUCUUUCAAGUUUGUGCUGCAGAGGGAAAGAAAGAAACGAUCUGGGCUCAGCACACGUAGUUGUGGUUUAUGCAUGUGCCAAAUAACUGCUUCAGUGCAAAGAUUUUUUUGGUUUAGAUUAAGCUAAAGUGCAGAUGAUAUUAAUAACAUGCACUUAAUAAACAUAAUCAACUAAAACAUGCUGUACUGAAUGCAAACAUGAUGCAACACCAAUCCUUCAACUUUCUGUAUUGAGCAGUUAAAGUUAUAAACACUGAUUAAUUAAUCCAGGCAUUUCUGUUUGUGUUGUAAUUUGCAAAAUAAAACCUGGAACACUUUUACUCUUGAAGUAUAAUAUUAAAAAAUUUUAAGUUGCCUAUUAGACUUAAUUUACUACGACCGCCAGCAAAACCAGGUCAGUGUCCUUUAUCUCAGACACGUUAUCUUUUUCACGUACCUUGACACUUCUGAGGAAGGCAGAAGUUUCUGCCGAAACAUGUCGAGGUACAUGAAAACGAUUACAUGUCUGAGAUAAAGGAGAAAAGAAAGAAAACGAAAGUCCUUUUAGUCUUUAAAAAACACUGUGACAGUAGCUAAGAGUGGAGGACGAAAACUCUGCUUCACCUUCCCUCAACACAAACGGGACUCUUCUCCUCAGUUUGGUCCUGGGAGUGCCCCCAGAGUGCCAAAACAGAUCAUGUCUCAACACACAGCCAGGAGUCUGUGGUCUUUGUAUAACGCAACAACAGCUUUUCGAUCAACCUGAGCAGACAGUCUCACAGAUGGCACCUUUGGCCUUACUGCUGGUAGCCCUUCUGUUUGACACAAACCAGGACCAAAACUCCAGGCAUUAAAAAAUCUGUUAUUUCUGAAAAGGGCUCAGGUCAUGUCUCUGUUCAUUUGUAAACUUAGAGAAGAGUAGAAACUAUAUGUCAGAUCUUGCAUGUUUUAUUUAUUUGUCAUAAUGUAAUGUUGGGUAUAUAUAAUGUAUUGUUUCCAUGUUUUUAAACAUCUACCUUAGGAUGAAAAUUAGCAUUAAUGCUAACUCCGGCAUAUUUACAUUGAUGCUUUUGCUGUCAUAUUAAUGUGCAUUGUAAUGUGCACUGUGAGUAAAUGCAUCUUUUAACUUCUACACUAAGUCCAAACUUUUGAUCGUCAUUCAUCAUAUUAGUUCAUCCUGUCACUCUGCAGCACUAAGUUUGUGUGUAGCAUGAUUUGCAUAUCCUCUUCCACCUCCAGGCACUAACAGCUGCUCCACCAACAAUGGCGGAUGUGAUCACUUGUGUCUGGCUUAUCCUGGAGGUCGGACAUGUAAAUGCGGGCGGGGCUGCGCCUCAGUCAACGCCACUUCCUGUGCCCCGCUCUUGGAUUGUCCCGUCGGUCAAGAGCCCUGUUUUGACGGCCGCAAGUGUAUCAGCAGCAGCAAGUUCUGCGACGGACGCCCAGACUGUCCUGAGGAGUCAGAUGAACAGGACUGUGAGUUUGGACUCUGACAAAACUAUAACCAUUUACUUCUGGGAACAGCACCUUCAGCUCUGUCCUGAUCAUCGCAUCAAUCACGAUGACCAAAUAAGUUGUUAUCAUGUGACGUUGACGUGUUAUUGAAUCUGGACUUUAAAGUUUCCUGAGGCUGCUUACCUGUCUCUGCACAAGCUCGCAUAAUCCACAGGCACUAUUAAAAGUUACCAAGAGUACAUACAGUGUUCAUUUGAUCACAUAAACACUCGGUGAUGUUGUUGUAAAAUAAAACAUGGUCAUAAAAAUAAUUUCCUUAUAGGUCCAAACACAAGUUCAGCCUCUACCGGGACAAAAGGCAGUGAAGGUCGCCCACGCCAGUCUUCCGGCUCUCACCCAAACACCCCAAAAAUCGCUGUACAUUCGGUUUACAAAGACUCCUCAUCCUGCAACAUCCAACGCUGCAACGGUCACGGCAGCUGUGUUACAGAAGGGAAAGUCACUCGCUGUCAGUGUGUGUCUGGUUACAAAGGAGAGUCCUGUCAAGAGACAGAGACUGGUCACAGCAAAGUGGGUGUGACUCUGGGUGUCCUCUGCCUCUUCGCUGCACUGACGGCUGCAGCUUUUAUUUAUGCUAAAAGGUACAUCCUCUAAGUUUGUUCUUCUUGUGCACUUCAAAAUUUAACAACGGCUAAAAAUGCAUCUCGCCACAUUGUUUGAUAUCAACACAGAUUGACUGUUCUGCUCUCUGUAAGUGGGGCUCCAUGAAAGAAAGUGGUUUAUUUCAUGUCUUUUCCACAGGAGAGGCUGGAGGUCCUUCAGAAGCAGAUCCACGGACAAAGAAACCCUGAUGGCAAACAUGGGCCUGCCAUGUGAACACUCGGAUUCAGAUUCUGAGGUAAUUCGUACAUCACUGACAGGAGAAGAGAUUUUUACUUGUAGAGAUGUUCAGAGUAACUGUCCUCAUAAUGCAAAGUUUUACAAAGUAAAACCAUUUUUCUCUCCUUUUAGGAGAUGGACUCCCAGGUUGAUGUGAAGUAUCCCUCACUAGCUUUAAAAUCACUGCAGCCCAAAUAG